UUUUGAAGUGUCGAACCUCACAAUGAAUUGACUUUCGGUCUGAAAAGAAGGGCGCGGAUAUGACCGCUUCCUUGGCUAUCCGGCUGCUUAGUGCCGUCGUAGAAACAGCCCUAAGAAGACUCUCUCUGAGGAGGGUUGCUGCUCAAGACGAUUCUCUCUCUCUCUCUCUCUCUCUCUGCGUUUUCCAGCUUUUCCAAAGCCAUUGAAGGCGUCUCUGGUGUCGACUAUCUACAUUUAUCUGAUAAGGCCAUGGAGACUGAUGUAGAGUGUUCGUUAAUUCUUGAACUCCCUGAAAAUGACCCUCUGUUCAAAAAAAAGAAGGUUUUACUGCAAAAUAAAGGUUUUGGUUGUAGGGAAUGUAUAUAUUUCAAAAAUGCAUUGAGUACUCCUCAAAUACACACUACCUUGGAAGUAAUGCUUCAGAUAUCAAGAAUCAUACACUUGGACGAGGCAGAAGUUUACUUUGAUGGAAGUAACAUGCACUCACAAGUGGAUUUUUAUAGUCCGAGGAAUGAACUGGAAAGUCUUAAUUCAAUACUUUCACUCAUUGAUAUCUUAUUGUUGCGUGGUAAGCACAAUGGAAAGAAUGCCCUGCAAGAUUUACGAGAUGAAACACUUAAGGGGAUCCGUGACUUUGGGGAAAAGUACAGAGUGGAGUCCAGAAUUGUUGAGAACUGUAGCUGUGAAAAAGAAAUGUCUUUGUUAGAGUGGGGCGAAAGCAAUGGUGUUAGAUCAAAGUUGCAGAUAUCUUAUGUUGAAGGGGCUGGAAGAGGAGCCGUGUCAAUAGAAGAUCUGGAAGUUGGAGACAUUGCUUUGGAGAUACCUCUUUCUAUCAUCAUUUCUGAGGACCUUGUGCAUGAGUCUGACAUGUUUCCUAUAUUGGAAAAGAUUGACGGUAUCUCCUCUGAGACGAUGUUAUUAUUGUGGAGCAUGAAAGAGAGGUACAACUUUUCUUCAAAAUUUAAGAUUUACUUUGACACGCUGCCAGAAGAUUUUAAUACAGGGUUGAGCUUUGGAGUUGAUGCAAUCAUAGCUUUAGAUGGAACCUUGCUAUUGGAUGAGAUAAUUCAAGCAAAAGAGCACUUGCGUGUACAAUAUGGUCAGUUGUUCCCUGCAUUAUGCAAAGAUCAUCCUCAUAUAUUUCAAGAAGACAUCUAUACAUGGGAGCAGUUCUUAUGGGCUUGUGAACUCUGGUACUCUAAUGGCAUGAGAGUUAUGUUUGCUGAUGGAAAGCAGAGAACAUGCUUGAUUCCUAUUGCAGGAUUUCUUAAUCACUCACCAUACCCACACAUAAUGCGCUAUGGAAGAGUGGAUUCUGCAACAAAUUCCUUAAAAUUUCCUGUGUCUAGACCAUGCAGUGCUGGAGAACAAUGCUUUCUUAGUUAUGGGAAUUUCUCUAGUUCUCAUCUUGUUACCUUCUAUGGUUUCUUACCCCAGGGAGACAACUAUUAUGAUGUCAUUCCACUGGAUAUUGAUGCUGCUCAAACUGAUUGCCCUGAGGGCUGGCCCAAAUCCAACUGGAUGACGCACAUGGUGCGUGGUACUUGGCUCUCUAAAAACCACGAGAUCUUUCAUUAUGGGUUGCCACCUCCAUUAUUAGAUUAUUUGCGCAGAAUUCGUAAUCCCAUGCUGCAUGCUGGCACCCUAAAUAUGGAACAGUUAGAAAUUGAAAUGGAAGUACUGGGUGACCUGCUGUCCACAUUUGGUGGCAUGAUGGGAGGACUUGGUGCAUCAAAUAUUGAGGAAAGAAAAAGUAGCAGUUGGGAUGUAAAGCUAGCAGUAGAGUUCAAAGAUGUACAGAGAAGGAUCGUUUCCUCCAUCAUAACGUCAUGCUAUGCGGGUCGCGGUUUGGUGGAGGGAGAAUUGUGCAAAUGCAAUGACUAGUGUGUCUAGGUUGCGUGGCCCAAACCCCAAAGCCUUGCAAUAUUUCCAAAUUGUGGAGUUUUACUGUCCCCAUCACUUGUUGGAAGAACAGAAUGAUUUUGUUCUUGAGAACUGAUGGCAUAUUUAAUUUAUAUAAAAAAUUAUCUAUUUAUUUCUACACUAUAAA